AGGUGGAAGUUACGUGAAUAAGCUAACCGAGAUAGUGUUAAACCGGUCUUGUCUUGUUCGAUGAUCUCCUCCUCCAACGCCUCCAGACUAAGUCUUUUUUGGCGACAUUUUGUCAACAGUCGGAUGGGAGACAUGACCUCCAAGAUUCACAUGCCAAGCCCGGAUAAAGCGCUACCCGGCCGGACUGAAGCCAUCAAAGUAGCGGCCAAACAUGAUGUGAACGGCAACACAACCACGCCACCGUUCCCAGAAGACACGCAGAUGGUUGUUUUUGGGAUGGGCUGCUUCUGGGGCGCAGAGAGGAAGUUUUGGAGUCAGAAAGGCGUUUAUUCCACUCAGGUGGGCUAUGCCGGGGGAUACACGCCUAACCCCACCUACAACGAAGUGUGCUCAGGGAUGACAGGCCACACCGAGGUGGUCCGAGUGGUCUUUUAUCCAAACCAGAUUCCCUUCUCCAAUCUGCUCAAGGUCUUCUGGGAAAGCCAUAACCCAACGCAAGGUAUGCGUCAGGGCAACGACGUGGGUACGCCGUACCGAUCGGCAAUCUACACUUGCUCCCAGCAGCAACUAGAGGAGGCACUUGGGUCCCGAGAUCAAUAUCAGAAGGUUCUGACGGAAGAAGGUUUCGGAAGCAUCACAACAGAGGUUGCGGAAGGAAAGCCAUUUUACUAUGCCGAGGAUUACCACCAGCAAUACCUUAGCAAGAACCCAGGCGGCUACUGCGGGCUGGGCGGGACUGGAGUCUCCUGUCCAAUAGGAAUCAAGGCAAAGGUCUAACCGUUAGACUCUAACGGCUAAUCGUGGCCAUGGAUCAUCACAAUCCCAAAACAUUAAAUCAGGUUUUUAUUUGGCAUUUUAUGGGAAUUACUUUUGAAUAUGUUGUACUGUUAGUUUUGCUGGAGUUACUUCAGUCACUGUCUUGGAACUAUGGCCAAGAUCAGUCAUUGGUGGAGAAGCUCAGUGUCACCAUUCACUGCCGGCAGAGGGCAACAGAGAAGCGUCUUAAUUCAUCUCCAGUGCAGUGUUGCUUCACUUCUCUCAUAAAUGAUUAAACACAUUAUUAAUACUUA